AUGGAGAUUUCUCCGGUGAAAUGUUGGAACGAUGGAACGAUUGAAAGAAAACUCUCGUAUGGUCACAAGCCAAGUAUAUGGAUAGAUGAUCCAGUUCGUGCUGGAUCAAAGGUUAAUCUAACGCUGAGCAGACACCUUGUGUUGACAGACACUAAUGGGACAAAGUUUGUUCUGUACAAUGGCACAGGCGCAAGUCAUGCAGCUAUGCAAGAUGAUGGAAAUUUUGUCCUGACAAAUUCAUCCUCAGGAGUCAUGUGGGAAAGCUUUGAUUUCCCAACGGAUACUAUUUUGCCUGGUCAAGUUCUUGUUAUGGGGCAGAAGCUAUUUUCUAAUGCCAAUGGAACAGUUGAUUACUCGACGGGGAAGUACAGAUUAGAGAUGCAGAUGGAUGGGAAUGUGGUCUUGUCUGCAUAUAGAAUUCCUGAUUUGGGCUACUGGAACUCUUGGACUAAAGACAACACUAGUGUUAGUCUAGUCUUCAAUAAGACCACAGCUAAUAUGUUCGUUUUGAAUGGAAGCUCAACAAUAUACAGCAUGACAGCAGACUUGCCUUCUUCAGUUCAAGGUUAUUACCACAGAGCUAUAAUAACUGACAAGGGAGAUUUCCAACAGCUCUACCGCAGCAAAGUAAAUGGGAACGGAUGGUCUGUUGCAUGGCAAGCUGUCCCACAACCUUGCACUGUGAAUAACAUUUGCAGUGUAUAUGGCUUCUGUCAGUCAUCUGAUAAUAAGGAAAUAAAUUGUAGUUGCUUGCCAGGCUAUUCUCCUAAGGAUCGAUAUGAUACAUCUAAAGGAUGUAAUCCAAAUGAGGUGAAAGUUUUCUGUGAUUCAAAUUCUUCACCUUCGGAUGUUUCUAUUGAGAGACAAGCUAAUGCUGAUUUCCCUAAUAGUGAUUUUUCAGAACUAGAAAGGGUGUUUCAAGUUGAUGAGGAGAUUUGCAGGCAGGAAUUGUUAAAUGAUUGUCUUUGUGAGGCAGCUGUGUUGACUGAUACAACAUGUUACAAGAAGAGGAUGCCUAUACAGAAGUUAUUCCUGAUACAAAUAACAUGA